AUGGUGAGGAUGGCAAUGGUUGGAAAUGAUACGAAUGGCGAUGGGGAUGCUUGCUCGGAGACGGCGAUGAUUCUGGAGACGACGAUUCUGGAGACGACGAUGCUGGAGACGACGAUGCUGGAGGCGACGAUGCUGGAGACGACGACGAUGCUCCGAGAUGCACCCGGCGGUGGAUAUCCUGAAUCUGCGCUCCUCCUUGGGGAUGGAGAACUUUAA